AUGUUGACGCUCGAACCAAUCAGUAGAAUAGCUGUUGUCAAAUGUUUGGGACCACGUUUAGUUUUAUUCUUUAAAACAUUUGCUUUGUUCUAUGUUCUUUAUCCAAAAUAUGAGUCAACUUUGGGUUAUUGUGUUUUUAAAUGCGCACCUAUUUUAUCACUUAUUGGGUUUGUUUAUAUGUAUGGGGUUAAGAUACCAAACAAUCAUGCUUAUUCUUUAAAAAUUUUCCUUGGUCUUUUAUUCUCUUGUCUAGGCGAUGCAUUUUUGGUAUGGCCUAGUCUUCUUAUUCCUGGCAUGGCUAUGUUUGCCAUUACACACAUAUCAUACAUUUGCGCAUUUGGUUUUCAACGUUUAAAACUAGCUAUAUUGUUCAUUUUACUGCCAAUACUUCUCUGCGUUUGUGUUUCUGUAAGAGAAGGACUAAACGGUAUCAAUACACUUGUUAUUCCAGCUUAUGGAUUAAUAUUAAUAAUUAUGGUAUGGCGUUCAUUAGCUCAAUUAACUAAACAUGAAUAUUCUAUACCAUGGACAUGUAUAGCUUCUGCCAUUGGUGGAUUACUAUUUGGUGUAUCUGAUACCAUAUUGGGAAUUUGUUUAUUUUCUAGUGAUAUAUCGUCAUUUAAAUGUAAUUUAAUCUUACCUACGUAUUAUGCUGGUCAAUUGUUGAUCUCUGUAUCUGUUGUUGAUAGCCAUUUGACAUCAAUAAAAACAAGUUCAUUUCAUGAAGAUAAAAAGCAGUAA